CUAUGGUGUUGUGGCGGUGGUUGACGGAGGGCCUGGUGUGGGCACGCGAUGGAGGAGGAGGAAGAGACGAGAAACUACAAUGAACCCUGUCCCCAGUGUUCAGAAGUCAACUGGGGCCUUACCGAUGAAGGCGCAUUUUACUGUAGAUCCUGCCACAAUGUUAUUGAACGGACUACAGACGUUUUAUCUGAAGAUCCUACUUCAAAUGCCAGAGCACAGUCUAUCUCUAGAGGAUUAAAAAAGAAAACCAAAUUUGAGAAAGGGUUGGAAUGGUACAUCUGUGAAGGAUUUCAAUACAUACUCCAGAAACAAGCUGAAGCGCUGCAGUCUUUAGGUGUUUCUUCACAGAUGAAGGAUGAAGUUCUGUGGAAUUUAUGGAAAAAUUACCUUCAGAAGAGCAUGCAGCCAUGUUAUGACAAAUUCUUCAAUGAUGCUACCGGUGAUGCCUUGCCUCAGUCAUCUGACACCGAUAGUGGAGCGAACACAGAACUAGAUAUUUUUAGACUUCUUGGUUUGUCUGGAUCGGAAUCUAGCAUUGGAGACACUUCUUCGGCUUUAUCAGAAAUGUCUGACUGGUCUGGAUCAGUAGAUGCGCACUCAUAUUUACGGAACAAGAAGAAAGGAGAUGUGAGCAUGUCAAUGCCAAUGACCCUGGCUUUCUGCUAUAUGGCAUUGCUGUGGUUGAGGGAAUCCAUUACAUUAUCAGAUCUCUUAAGGCUGGUAAUGGAUGGUCACAUUCCUUACAUGAAUGCAUAUAAAGAUUUCCCAGAGGAGAUGAAGGUGUAUGGGAUUGACUUCAAGAUCUUCCAUGUAGAGUCUUGGCCUGCUUAUGAAAAUGUUCAUAAAAAAAUGCAGUUCCUUGCAACAUACUUGGAGCUGCCCCGUUUUCCAGAUAUAGCAGAGGACAGCUUCUUUCAUCCAAACGUUCUCUGCAUGAAGUAUUUAAUGGAAGCCAACUUGCCUGAUGACAUGCACAAUUGGACUUGUAGAGUGGUUGAAGAAAUUGGCAUUGGUGAAGUGGACUUUCUGACAUUUCAGCCUGGGAAUAAAUUGGUUCGGAAAGUGAAAUAUGAUAUUAUCGCAGUAGCUGUUGUCAUAGUGGUGCUGAAAAUUCUAUUUUUGUUGAAUGAUGAAUAUGAAUGGCAGCUGUCGAACUACGCUGACAAGAGAAACAAAAACAACCAAGAAGGCUGUCCAGUUUUUGAUAUCAGGAAAUGGUACAUGGUUGUAAAGAAGGCUAUGGAUGAGGAGCAGAAGAAACUGGAGGAAGAAAGAGUCAGGUAUUUAUACAAAGCAAAAAUGGUAACAGUCCUUCAAAGACAGUUUCGCUCAUUGUCUGGCGCUGUGGAGCACACUGAGAAGAAAAAGCCUUCAAGUUUCCAGCUUCACUGGACAGAAGACGACCCAGAAAGGCCUUGUUUUCAUGGGCAUAGUCUGGAUGGAAUUUUGCAACAAGAGGGCCACACCCUUACUAUUCAGGGCACAGAUUAUUGGUUGUGUACAGCAAAACUGUGCAAGAAGAAUACAUGUGGUCACCUGGCGCACUAUAAAGAGUCAGACUUUCCUCAUACCUACCAGUUUGUGUUAAGCCUGUUCUCCUUCAUCCUGAGGGUCCCACCCUCUCUCAUCCAUGAAGAAGUGUGCGCUAUAGAACACAGGCUCUUCUAUUCAGAGGUCCAUGAGAGACCCAGAAUUCGCCAAGAUAAAAAAGCAGCAAGUCGUAAAGACCAUAGGCUGGAACAACAGUGUGAAGACCUGCAUGCAGUAAGUGACACAGCUCAUGCAGUUGACUUGGUGCUUCCAGUGACCACCACUGAAAGCAGAGGACUGGACUGAGACUAGUCUGUACGUGUGAUUCAUAUACGUAGGAAAACUGCGUAAUGGGUGAGAUUUUGAUACUACUUUUUAACAAAGUUUCCCUUUUUUCAUAUAAUGCCAUUCACUUUGUAGUUUUGAUACAUCUGUAUGUAUUCUGAUUCUUUUUCAUUUUAA